AUGGAUGUGGCCAACACCACUACCUCCCCCACCGAGCAGUCCUCCGCCAGGGGCCAGGGCGCCGCGGUGACCCUCAGCUACCAGCUCCUCACCUCGCUCUUCCUGAGCGCCCUCAUCCUCUGCGCCCUGCUGGGCAACGCCUGUGUGAUCGCGGCCAUCGCCCUGGAGCGCUCCCUGCAGAACGUGGCCAACUAUCUCAUAGGCUCCCUGGCCGUCACCGACCUGAUGGUCUCGGUGCUGGUGCUCCCCAUGGCCGCCCUCUACCAGGUGCUGAACAAGUGGACGCUGGGGCAGGUCACCUGCGAUAUCUUCAUCUCCCUGGACGUGCUGUGCUGCACCUCCUCCAUCCUCCACCUGUGCGCCAUCGCCCUGGACAGGUACUGGGCCAUCACCGACCCCAUAGACUAUGUCAACAAGCGGACUCCCAGGCGGGCGGCUGUGCUCAUCAGCCUGACCUGGCUCAUCGGCUUCUUGAUAUCCAUCCCGCCCAUGCUGGGCUGGCGGACGCCCGAGGACAGGUCGGACCCCGACGCCUGCACCAUCAGCAAGGACCACGGGUACACCAUCUACUCCACCUUCGGCGCCUUCUACAUCCCCCUGCUGCUAAUGCUGGUGCUCUACGGGCGGAUCUUCAGGGCGGCCCGGUUCCGGAUCCGCAAGACCGUCAAGAAAGCGGAGAAGAAGAAGAUCGCCGACACCUGCCUGACUGUCUCCCCGGACAGCCAGCAGAAGAAAAGCAACGGGGAGCCCAGCAAGAGCUGGAAGCGGACGGUGGAGCCCAAGCCCAGCGCUUGUGUCAACGGGGCCGUGAGACACGGGGAGGAUGGAGCCGCUCUGGAGGUCAUCGAGGUCCAGCACUAUCACAACUCCUCCAAAACCCACCUGCCCCUGCCCAGCGACCCCUGCAGCACCCCGCUGGCCCCGUCCUUCGAGAAGAAGAACGAGAGGAGCACCGAGGCCAAGAGGAAGAUGGCUCUGGCCAGGGAAAGGAAAACGGUCAAAACCCUGGGCAUCAUCAUGGGCACGUUCAUCCUCUGCUGGCUGCCCUUCUUCAUCGUGGCCCUGGUCUUGCCCUUUUGUGACAGUGAGUGCUACAUGCCGGACUGGCUGGGGGCUGUCAUCAACUGGCUGGGCUACUCCAACUCCCUCCUCAACCCCGUCAUCUACGCCUAUUUCAACAAAGAUUUCCAAAGUGCUUUUAAGAAAAUUAUCAAGUGCAAGUUUUGCAGGCAGUGAAGGACACUCCCUUCUCGGGGGCUCCCUGCGCUUGCUUCAUCAAACUCCACAUCUCU